AUGGCGACAGACCCUCGCAGAGACUCGGCUUUGGGGCCCACUUCCCAAUGCCCUGCGCGGUGCUGCCGGCCAGGCUCGCCCUGCCCCCACGAGGGACAUCUCCGUCGGCAGAUCCACGGGGACCCUAGUGAAUGGAGGUGCCGCAGCAGUCCUUGCACGGGCCCCCCCUCCGCCACAAAGGGUCCCCAUCGGGCAGGCGGCUGGCCGCGGACCGGCCGUCCCUACCGCCGCGAGGCACGAAGGACCAGUCAGGCCGGCGCCCGAGAGGCAGGGGCAGGGCCCGACCCCUUCAAGGCCGAGCCGAACCCCCGGGCUGCCGGAUCCCAGGGCCGCCGAGCAGGCUGGCCCCGCACAGGCGGCGGGGGAUGGCGGCCACCUACCUGUCCCUCCGCCGCCGCUGGCUCCCGGUGGCCGCCCGCCGGCCACGUGGACGCGCCCUCGAGCCCCACAGCGCCCCGCUCGCGCGCCCCCGCCGCCGCACCCCGCGCCCUACACCCCGCGCACCCGCGCCGCCGCCGCCCACACACUGAGCUGGCCCGCGGCCGCCGGGGCCUUUUAAAUCCGGACCGUACCACCGCGCCGGGUGGGGGCGCCCAGGGAGGGCCGAGCGGCUGGGCUCGCGAGCGGGGCCUCCCCUCCCCGGGGCCGGGAGAGGCCCAGUGUGCAGCCCGGGCCUCCGUGAGCAGCCCGGGUCCCAGCCCGGCGAGCCCACCCCCCUCGCUCAAUGGCCGCGUCCGCGGCGCGCGCCUCUCCCCCCAUCCCCCCUGUCCCCCGGCCCGCCGCCUCCCGCAACCCUGGGACCCAUACGCCCGCGCCACACCCCCCUCGGGCCCGGGGCGCGCUGUGGCCUCGGGCGCGCGCAGACCCCGCCCCGGCGCUCGGAGGCGCGCCCGAGGCCACCUGCCGCCGGUGCGCGGCCUCCCCUGUCCCGGCCCUUCAGGCGCACACCCGCCGGGGCCUCUCGGUCCUGGCUCAGGACACUCUCCCCCUGACGGUCCUUAA